AUGUCUUCAAGUAGCUUUUUUGAGCGUUCAUCUAAUGUCAAUCUCUCUGGCAACUCGUUAUUUACGCAUGCAAAUACGGUCACAAUCAACAACUAUUCGGCACCAGCACGCACGGCACCCGAACCUGGAAUAUUGAGCUCUCGGAGGGACGACGACCAAUGGUUGACUUUGCGUGGCGGACAAAGGCUCAGACGGAUAGACAUGUGCGAUGUAUUCGUUCUGGGUGAGGUGUCCUCGGAGACACUUUAUGUUUCGGUCAAAUUGAAGUCCACGAACCCAUUCCGAAACAGAGUGAAAAGUAUUGUGAAGAUCCGGAAAAGGACACAAAGCGCGGAAAUUGUUCCUGGGUUUGGAGAUCGACGGUUUACGGUCGUUUCACUUGAGCCCGAGGAUGAUGGAGAUGUCGAGAGGAUACAGAGGGUAUUGGAGCCACUUUAUGAAACUGCUCUUUCUCAACGGCGAGUAUGGCUUACACAACUGUUUGGAGUGGGUCGGUCAAGGACACCAACGUUGAUAUACCACGACGAGGUCGUCGAUGGGGAGACUCUCUUGGACCAAUACGAGAAGACACUAAUUGUGGGGACCUACCUGCUCUACAGAUUUGCCAAAUCAUUUACCGACGUACUAUAUGACGCAACUUUACAGAAGUUGUCAAUUCCGUUUCCGACCGAAUCUGGGUGGACGUUCAAUCUGAGGACUCGUUCAUUCCAGUAUGACGUCAUAAACUUGGCACUCUCCGACGACGACGGCCCUCCAGACUACUUGCAUCAACCGCCCGCACUUCCGCACAAUUGCAAUCCACCGCUCGAUUCCACCGAGAUCGUCCGCGCUGUUCCGGACUUCUUACAGCCUUUCUGA